AUGAGCAAUGUAGGAGCCCCAUCAUCCACCAACCCAAACAGCACUUCAUCCAAUACACCCUCUAUUACAACUCCAGGCUCUACUAAUAGUCCAACUUUUAGCCUUGGCCCUACAGGCAAUGGUGGCAUCACCAGCACAGACAACAGUGCCAGUGUGACUCUCCAUCAAAGCAUGAACUUGCUUUACUCUUUGACUCUAACCCUUUUGUUUUCAGGUUUUCUAUAUUUGAAAGCCUAA